UAUCAUUUUUUGUCAUUCCAUUGAUACAGCGAGUUGUUGUUUAGUUGACCGCUGUCGAAAUAAGUGUCAGAUUGUGCGGUUCCUGUGUUUGUUCAUCGAGCACUGACCCGGUGUGUUUGGAUGUAUUAUACUUACGUACAUCGUGGAUCGAGGAUUUGAAAAUACCGCUGAGGAAGCAAAGUGAACGACCGUUUUUCAAAAUCCGUUUAUCGUUAAUCGUUUCUGUGAAAGUUUUACAAAAAUAUUCUUCGCCCGAUUUUCAUCAGUUUUAUCUGAUCCGUCAGUGCAGAGUCGAGUGUAAACUGUACGAUUGUACAUACAAGUGUCUACCUGUGCCAGGACGAAUAACAAAACAACAUCGCCGAUCAGGAUGAAGCUGGUCUAGAUGCGCGGCAACGCCGGCCACGAACUACGCGAGUAGGCUAGACGGCUCUACUCGAUCCUACGAAGGGUAGAAAAGGGACAGAAAGUAACAACAAACAGCGCCUGGAUCAGAGGCAUCCGGUGGACUGCGGAAACGGAAAGGGAAUCGAAGAGAAGCCCUAGGAUGACGCUUUCAGCCAUUAGCGACAGUUAAUCCCGGAGCUCGUCUUCGCCCGGUCGUUUCUUUCAGUCCUCCUCUUCGCCAUCCCUUCCACCCCUCCAGGAUGUACACCUUCGCAGUCUUCUUCUUGGCCGUGGCCAUAAUCUUGGCCGGGACUUUUGCCUGGCCCCAGGAAUCGGUGUCGCGGAUCCACAUCAAACACCGUGACGUGGUGGACCAGAGAUUCCUGGGAAAUGAGAGCCACGUCGAACACUUUAAGCUGUUGGAACGGACGGGGACUUCCAUGUUGAUCGGUGCCAGGAACACCAUUUACAACAUCAGUCUUCACAACCUGGCGGAAAUACCGGAUCAGAGAGUGCAGUGGCCCAGCAGUGACACGCACCGAGACCUCUGUUAUCUGAAGGGGCGCAGCGAAGACGAGUGUCAAAAUUAUGUACGGGUAUUCGGCAGGUACAGUCCAGACAAGUUCAUCGCCUGCGGUACCAACGCCUACAACCCUCAGUGCAUGCACUUCGGUUUUCAGAACGGCGUUCACGUGCCCGAUAAAGACACCGUCGAGGGCCGAGGACUCUGCCCCUACGACCCGGAGCACAACAGCACAGCCGUAUUUGCUGGUGGUCAACUUUACGCUGCAACGGUGGCCGAUUUCUCAGGUGGCGAACCUCUGAUAUACAGAUCACCGAUCCGCACCGAACGUUCGGACUUGAACCAGCUGAACGGACCAAACUUCGUCAGCUCAUUAGCCUACGACGACUACGUUUUCUUCUUCUAUCGUGAAACCGCCGUCGAGUACAUGAACUGCGGAAAGGCGGUGUAUCCGCGAGUCGGCAGAGUCUGCAGACACGACAAAGGCGGACCCCAUGCUUUUAGCGACAGAUGGACGAGCUUCCUAAAAGCCAGACUGAACUGCUCGGUCCCCGGCGACUAUCCCUUCUACUUCAACGAGAUACAAUCUACAAGCGACGUGACGGAGGGUAUUUAUGCCGGAGAACAGACUCAGCUGAUUUACGGCGUCUUUACAACCCCCGUGAAUUCGAUCGGUGGAUCGGCAGUCUGCGCGUUCACCAUGCGAAGUGUCCUAGAGGUCUUCCAGGGCGCCUUCAAGGAGCAAGAGACCAUCAACAGCAAUUGGCUCCGCGUUGUUCCAGAAAAAGUACCUGAACCCAGGCCUGGAGCCUGCGUUAACGACUCGAGAACACUGCCAGACGUCACCGUCAACUUCGUCAAGGCCCAUCCCCUCAUGGACGAGGCGGUUCAGCCCUUCUUCUCGCUUCCGGUUAUCACCAAAGUUAGCUUCAACUAUAGGUUUACCAAAAUCGCCGUCGAUCCUCAGGUCAAAGCGCUCGACGGAAAGGCGUAUGAUCUUCUCUACAUAGGAACAGACGACGGCAGAGUCCUCAAGGCGUUGAACACUCAGGCUGUAAACACCCGUGACAAAGUGGCUCAAGUCAUCAUCAGUGACGUCCAAGUCCUGAAAUACGGUCAGCCGGUGAAGGACUUACGGGUCGUCCACUUAGCCGGGGAGGCGAGUAAAUUGGUGGUAAUUGCAGACUCAGAGAUUCGAGCUGUUCCGCUUCACUACUGCGACACCUCGGCAGCAAAUUCUUGCGCCUCAUGCGUUGGUCUUCAGGAUCCCCAUUGCGCUUGGGACGCGACGACGAAGCUCUGCGUUGCCGUGCCGAACAAACUGCACGACAACGACGCGGGGAAAACACUUUUCCAGGACAUCGCGACCGGAAAGCACAAGGAGUGUGGAUACGAUCAAGAGUUGGCGAAACCCGCGCAACCUGUGGUUCCGCCACGUGCCGGGUGCUGCGAGCAGCCCGACGAACGUGACAACGAAAUAGUCAUCGAGUUGGAUCGAGAAAAUCAGUACAGUCGUACUCAGCCCAGAGCCAAUGAACCCCAAGGUGUGAUCGUAACGCCGGUUGUGUAUUCUGCGCAGACGUUGACGGGCGCGUUACUGGGAACAUGCUUGUUUUCCCUGAUAGCCGGUUUCGCGUCCGGUUUCUGGUUCUCCCAGAGAUUACGAGGCUCCGGUUACCCGGAUCCGCCGGAGCAACGACAGCAGUUGAACCGGUUGACGGAGGGCCCGGAGUCCCCGGGCUACAACAACAAGUCUAUAAACCUGGUGCUGAACGUGCCGCCGAAGAACCCGAAUGGAAAGAACGCGAACUCGUCGGCGGAGAACAAGCCGAUGCAGAAGGUGAAGAAGACCUACAUAUGA